UCUGUCUGUCUGUCUGUCUGGCUCUGUGUGUGUAGCUUAGGGUCUCCACUCCCGAGAGGGCAAUCACAGCUUCGACACCACCCUCGCUCGGAGCGAGGAGAAGCAGUACAGAGCAGGAAGAGGAGGAGGAGGAGGAGGAAGAAGAAGAAGAAGAGAGGAGGGAGAGGAGGUCGAGCUCGGCUCCGGAGCUCUUGCUGCGUACGUAUGCCUCUCGAUUGAGGCGCUGCCGGGGGCUAAUCGAAGCACCGCUGCACAGGACCUUGCAGGCACGGAAUGGAUGAGCUUUGAUUCGAAAAUUACUCGAGUUUUAGGUGUUUCGAAGCCCUCGCAUAUCCUUGGUAGCUGGUGCGGGGUCGAGCCGAGCAGGGCCUCGCGUGACAGGUCCAACCGAUAUCGAGCUCUCUUGGGAUUUUGAAACUCGAAGAAGUUCGUUCGGGGCAGUCUUUGUGCUGUUUUAGUUUGUUACUUGCGCCUUCGAGCCUGCCUUCUUCCGGGUCUUCGUCGAAAACGUCAUCUUUGCCUCCGCGGCAGGGGUUUGUGAACUCCUUCUGUCUUCACACUACAUCUUAAUGUGUAUGAAUGACAUACGAUGGCCAAGCUUCUCGCAGUGAGAAGCGAUCCCAAUAUUCGACCCCCCUAGUGUCGGCUCACACGUGAAUCAUGGGCUCCUCAACUGCCAACUGCGCCAUUCGGAUGCGUAGAAUCAGUACAUUGUAACCGGUGAUGAUCUGGAAUGAAACAAAGCCGCGCAGUUGUCGAUGGACUUCCUACUUUUGAGCGUGGACUGAAGGCGGCAGUCAAUUGGAAUAGGUGUUGACUACUCUCUCGCGAACACUUAUUGGUCCAAAGGGUUUCUUGCUUUAAUUUCUGUCAUCACCUCUGAGCGGAUUGGGCACCUUCCUUCGGUGCAAAUUUAUUCAUCCAAGGGACAGGUCAAGCAGUGGAUGAGGAUUUGCAAGGCGUGAAAUAAAAAACAUGAGUGCUGAGACAACCUCAGCAGCAUCUCUGGAGCCACCAUGGCUCCACGUUCGAAGAGAACCGUUCGAGUAUGGCCUCCUCCCACUUCCUAGUCUGAUAAUCAACGAAGGUGUGUAUGCGUUCAGGAAUUUGCGAACGAAGCUUUUGGAACACGUCUUGCCUACACCAUCCUGGCCAGUGAGUAAUGCCGCGACUGUUAACGUUGGAUCUCAUGGCAAAUUCGGCAAGAAACGUGUGGCUUCAGCAGGUAUUGCAGCAAGUCUAGGUCUGCAGGAAGCCCAUGCACAUCUAGUGCUUGACACUUUAGCAUCUGUAUUACCCGAUGAAGGCGGGGACAUUGAUCCACUCGCUCGUUCUUCCGUCCCUGAUAUCGAGUCAGUUGGUGCCGAUAUUGAUGAUGUUGUACUUCUACUCUAUAUUCAAACUUACAAGAGAGUUCCUCCGCGUGCACACAAAGAUGCCGCAGCUGUGGCCGAUGUGUGGCCCACUCCCUCCGUUUUUGAUGGUUUUCUAAACGCAACUUCCCCACUGCAGACACGAUGCCCGCGAAGAACUUUGCCGUGUCAAGCCGAGGAAGAGGCUCAUCAGUUGGCAUUUGUUAGGAAGCACUUGCCUUCUUUACUCGCUCUUCUGGCAGAAUCCACCGAGGACGGAGACCAAGAUGCAAAGGUCAUCACUCUCGAGAAAUUUCAACAUCUUGCAUUGCUUCUUCGAGCCGGAGAUGCUAGCACAGACUUGUUACCACUCAGUCAAGCCACACCGUUCUUCGCGAACUCUGACCCAGACAUGCCUGCCGCCCCUGUGCCCCUAGCCCAAGUACUUGAUUGGAUGCUUUUACAUCUGUGUGCUGCUUCUGAGCGUACUCCUGGUAAGGCUCACAUUAAGGACAAUGGCAUACACGAUAGUGGCGGUUCAGAGGCGGAUGUACCUAUGCAAGACGCCUGUGUCAGUGGGGCAGCAAGUUCUCCCUCUGGAGGUGCUACCGUGUCAAAUGGUCUUACACAGAUGCGGAGAGAUUGGAGGCCGGAGGGUGUAACUUAUGUCGAUGGCGUGACGAGAGCGUCAGUGCUCAAAACUGAGGCUGAUCUAAAGAGCGGCUUAGUCAAGGUUGCAAACUGUCAUGAUUCGGUGGUUUACGUCUUGGGGCCGCUGAAGUACGUCUCGGUUUUUGGAUGCUCAGACUCCAUUGUAGUACUUGGGGCCGUUGGAAAGGCCGUAAGAGUGGAGCUUUGUGAGAGAGUACAGCUUAUCGUUGCAAGUGCGCGAAUUUGCAUUGCGAACUGUCGAGAAUGUUUGUUCAACUUAGGGGUGAACCAGCGUCCCCUUGUUAUUGGUGACAACCACAAUCUCCAGGUUGCUCCUUACAAUACUUUCUACCCCAAGCUCGAGGCAGAUCUGGCACAAGUCGGAGUUGAUGCGACAGUGAACAGUUGGGAUCGACUUCUCACUUUAGGACUCAUAGAUCCACACGACUCCAUAUCUCAUCCUGCCGGAGUUGCCGAUGCACAAGCUGAAGGGCCCGUACUUCUUCAACCCGAGCGGUUCACGAAUUUUGCGAUUCCAAAGUGGGGUGAAGCCGAGCCGCAGCAGCAGCAGCAGCAUCUCCAAACCAGGGCCAAUCCAUUUCUACUGCCGAAGCCCUUCUUGCUAGCACAGCAACACAGGAGCAAGGCCGUCGAGAAUUUGAAGCAGACACUCAAGAGUGUUGCAUUGGAAGAGAACCGAAAACGCGAUCUCACCACCGCGAUUCACGCUUACUUCAAGGAGUGGCUAUAUUCAACUGGCAACAUCCGCCAAAUUUAUGACUUGCAAGGUCAUGAGAGGGACCCAAAAGCUAUGGACUGAUUUGUUGCAAGCCAUUCAUUGUCUUCCAAUCAGAGCAACCUGACCACUUUUGCAUUGUGUAUGAUCUCUCAAUUCAUCUGUGGGUAUUGAUUGCAACACAAACGUAAUGUGAAAGUCCUGGUUGCCAUGUUUCUUUUUUCUUUUUUCUUUAAUGUUUCCUUUGGUUAGACUCAAGGCAGGUCAUUCGGGUUGGCACAUGUCAUAGGGCUUUAAAGGUCUCUGCACGUGGGCAGUAAGUGCUAGCAAAGCAAUGGACCUAGCACAUAGAGGACCGGGUACUGGUCGGUGCCCAAUGGUUGGAAGGGGAAGUUGGGAAGGAGCAAGUGCCCAACGUCGGGAGGGUGGGUGGGGGAUCGCCUUGUGGGUUAGGGGGGUGGGGGUGUGUGUUCAUUCGUCCGACGUCUUGAUAUGUAGACCAAGCACAGAUGUAGUUGAAUUCUUCCCUGUCACACGAACUGGAAGCUGAUAAGGUGAUAUCGUGGUGCAAAUUUCUCUCAACUUGUUGCAAAUGGUAGAUAUUAGUUCAAGCUGUGUAUCAUUCCGUCUCGAAUAAUAUUCAAUGCUUGUAUCAAACUUCAAAUCAUUCACACCAAUGUCGUAUAUAACCGGGUCAAAAACGUUGCUACAAGCUUUGUUAGCUCCAUAGUCCCUCUCUUUAUCAUCAGCACUGACUGGACACUUACGUCC